AUGCCAGCGGAGAAUGAAGGGGGGAGAGAGCGUAAGUCUGCAAGAUCGCGCACAAAACUUGUGGACGGUGCGGUGGGCUGUGAGACAGACAGACAGAGACGGAGACAAGGGUCUGCAGCUGAGACGUGUAACUGCAACCUGCACGCCCGCCGCUGUCGAUUCAACAUGGAGUUGUACAAGCUGUCAGGGAGGAAAAGCGGCGGCGUCUGCAUGAACUCGCACAAUACCGCCGGGCGCCACUGCCACUACUGCAAAGAGGGCUUCUACAGAGACAUGGCCCGACCCAUCACUCACCGACGAGCCUGCAAAGCCUGUGACUGCCACCCUGUGGGCGCGGCAGGCAAGACGUGCAACCAGACCACGGGCCAAUGUCCCUGCAAGGACGGUGUCACGGGCAUCACCUGCAACCGCUGCGCCAAGGGCUUCCAGCAGAGCCGCUCACCUGUGGCCCCCUGCAUCAAAAUCCCUGUGGUCAACCCCACAGCUGUGGUGAGCAGUACAGAGGAACCAGCAGAUUGCGAGUCUUAUUGUAAACCAGUGAAGGGCAACUUGAAGAUCAAUAUGAAGAAAUAUUGCAAGAAGGAUUAUGCGGUCCAAGUGAACGUGCUGGACAUGGAGACAGUUGGGGACUGGGCCAAGUUCUCAGUCAGUGUGGUGUCUGUGUACAAAAGCCGGGGUGAACCUCUAAAGCGUGGCGACAACAUCCUGUGGGUACACAUGAAGGAUCUGGCCUGCAAAUGCCCCAAGAUCCAGAUGAGCAAGCGAUUCUUGGUAAUGGGUGGCAGCGAAGGUGGAACUGGCCCGGGGGCGGGCCCAGGAGUCGGGCCCGGAAGCAGCGUCACCAGUCCUGGCGGAGAGCGCAUAGGCUUGGUGGCUGAUAAGAACAGCCUGGUGAUCCAGUGGAGGGACGUUUGGACGAGACGCCUGAGGAAGUUCCAGCGCAAAGAGAAGAAGGGAAAAUGCAGCAAAGCAUGAUUGGAAAACAGUGCCCACCCCUACCUCUCUCUGUAUUACACACCUUCAUGAGCCCUGACUGUUUUCCUCUCCUUGAAUCUUUUCUCCUCUUCUAUCGAGGGGACACGGCGCACCACAAAAACUGCAUGUACCCUACCUAUUUUAAGGACCAUGGUGUGUGUAUAUUUUAUAAUUAUUUUCAAUUUGAUUUUUCAAGUUUUGUCUUCAUGAAGCCACUUGUCUAUCAUCCAAUUGGUUUGCCUUAAAAAGGGACCAUUAAAAAGGGUUUGAAUUGUAGACACAAGCAGGUGCCAUUCCCUCAACCAAUGACGGCAGCAGAGAAGUCUAUUUUCCCCCAUCUACAAACCCCUAACCCCUAACUGUUAAGAGACACUUUUCCCGUCAGUAUUCUCAUAUACUGUAGGACUGACCACCACUGCUCGCACCACACAGUUUUGUGAGGAUUUUCUUCAACAGUGAUUGUCACCUGUUCAGAGACUGACGUAUUUCAGUAACAAGACAAGCUACAGACUGUCAGCUUGGCCACCUUACGUUUCAUUAUCGAAACUAACUCAACUUUGAUCAUCAUGAGCUGGAUCACCUGACAGAACUUCAGCAUGUAAAGUGGGCAUACUAGCUCCAGGUCUUUUUAGUGGCGUUUAUGGGCUACAUCUUUAAAAAAAAAAAAAAAAAAGAAAGGAAAACAAAGUCCUGUGAGAAACCAAGGGCUCCCUUUGCAGGGCCAUUGUCCGCAGCAAACCUCAGUCACACCAACACUGCUGCUGUCACCAGACGGCCCUCACAGAACUGCUCUCGGACAAUCUUUUUAUUUACAACUACGUGUUUGCCAUCGCUCAAUAGAGUUUUGUAUGUUCAUAUCUUCAUGUGGCUACUUGCUUCUUCUAGCCAUCCAUGUGCCAGCCAUAGCCUCGUUUGAGAUUCAUCUGUUUCGUUUUUAGCAGAACAAAUCCCAUUGGCAUGUGUGAGUCACGUUGUAGGCCACUGGGGCUGUGCCUCUUCACCACUAGGCAGAGAGAAGGAGAGCGCAAGAGGGAGGGAGGGAGGGAGAGAGAGAGUGGUUUAUGAAGUCAUACAUCAUCAUCAUGACUCAUUGCUUGACACGUUUUCUGGAAGAAAGAUUAAGCAGUGUGGACGAAUGGCUGGAAUUUCAGAACAAUGCCAACAUUUCCAAUGACUUUUUACUAAAUGGAUAAUGUCUUCCGCUGGGAACUGUCUUCCAGAUGUUUGUGUAUGACCAAUGUCUUUUUUUUUUUUUUUCUUUUUGUCUUUAAAUGUCGGAUAUGUCUGAAGACUGGCAGACUUGCGUUUGCCAAAAUAAGAGAUUGAAACAAGGGUUCCUUUUCAUGCAGUAAAAAGAACAACAAAAAAGAAGAAAAAAGUUAGACAAACAACGUAGCUGUGUUUUCUUCUGGUAUAUUUUGACAAAAUGAAUGAGGCUGGAAAGUUUUUAAUGUUCACUGAUUGUAUUAUGACAUGAGAGGAUCAUGUUUCAUGUCUCAUGCGAUUUGUUAUGUUUGCAUGUUUGUGGUUUUUUGCUGGUCCAUCAAAACCUUACAGUUAGCAGACGGGGAAUAAAAACCAAUAUGAGCAUCAAGAUCCAAAGGAAAACUUGCCAAGUCAUCUUCCACCGCUUGCCCACCCUAACGUAUACCCUGUCGUCCUUUGCCAAAUAAGCAUACUGUAGUCAGUUUUUAAAUUCAAUUAAGAGACUAUGAAAGUCGGGAAUGGAUAAACCCACAAAGAGACCCUUCUGGCUGCUCUCGAGCUUUUUAUCUGUCUUUUGCUGUUAUUUCAUGUUUUAAAGGACAUUACGAUGUAUUUAAAUUGAUUUAAAAAAAUAAACAAAGCUUUCAGGAGCACAUCAAGGUGGUAUUAGCAUGCUAGCGAGUGGUCACCUUCCUUUGGCUGAGACGAUUGGUUUGUUUUGUCACUUCUCCAAACGUUUCUCUGCUCUCCUCUCCGUGUCAGCCACCACCCUUCCCAAACUUUCUGUUUAACCCACUUUGCAUGAUGUGGCUUUUGCGUCUUAGACAAGUGACAGCAUGAGAAGAGGCUGUCAGGCUCCUCUGCGCUGAAUGGAAAUGCACUGCAGCUCUUUAUUUUAUUUUUUACUUUUUUCCCCGCUCUUCUUUUGAGAGUGUAAAUCAAACUGCGAAGAACACAGUCACACAUGUAUAUGGUCUGAUUGUGUUUAAAUAUUGGUUUCAGAUUUACGAAUGUGGAUGGCAUGGUAACUGAGGGUCAUAUUAAAUGAACGUUAUUGGAUGCUGUUUAAAUUAUUACAACUUUUCAUGCAUCUAUAGCUUGUUUUUUUCUUUUUCUUUUCUUUUAAACUUUAUCCAAAAACUACAUACAACCAAAUCAACUAUAACCCUCCAUAAUUUCUGAUAUGUAAAAAGAAAAGAAGCCAAGACAAGAGAAAAGGCAUUGAAAUUGUUCCCAUGGUUAAAAAAUCCGGAACCAGUUGAUUAUUUGGGUGUUGGUUGGCCGCGGUGGGCUCUCAGACAGGUGGUUUUAUAUAGCUGCACCAGUUUUCUCAUUCUGAUAUGUUAACACGGCUUGUUAAAUUAUUAUUCCAUUAUGCAAUGCAUUCUUUCUACCCUGAGCUUUUUUUUUACUGAGCAUAUUUUUUUUUCUUUUAAAACAAUGACUUUUGAAACAUUUUUCCAUGCUGGUUUGGCCGUUGUUCUGCCCGGAGGACUUCUGCUGGUAAAUCUGGCACUUUUUAACAUUUGUUAUGAUGAGUAGCCAUGACAACAGAACGUUGUUUGUAUGUGAAAGCAGCAGAUUAGGUUUCCAAAGACCAGCUAAUGAUUAGAAAAAGACCUCAAAUGCAGAUGAGAUGACGAGGGGAAGUCAAUAAUUUUAAAUACGAGAAAAAUUGAGAGUAAAAACGAAGAGGUUUUGAGCAUCCCCCUCUGAGAGGUCGGGGGGAUGAACUUGAGCCCUAAAAGGAGUCAAGAGGAGUAUCAUAUUUUUCAUGAUGUGGUUGCAAAUGCAUGUUCUGGACUCCAGUGUUUCUCUGCGCAGAUUUUGGAUGAUACAGGUGAACUAAAGACUUCAGACAGACCAACAGAUAUGGAGUAAGAGUGCUUGCAGUGCUUGUUCACAACAGACUGUGUAGUCCUGGACAUGUGACUGUGAAGGAGCACCUCUGCACCACAGAUGUUGCACUGUUGGACAUAAGCUUCCACACAUGCUGUCUACUGAGAGGGUUCACCUGUGUUACCUGCC